UCCUCCAGCUCCCGCACCGCAACCGUAUAAAACUCUUCCCUGCACCUUCCUUUGGCGGUCUUUCAACUUUUAGCUCUCCGAUUCCCUCCUUCGUCCUCUCUCUCUCUCUCUCUCUCUCUCUCUCAAAUUCUCUGGCUAUUAAGAUGCAUAAGGAGUUCCAGUGAGUUUCUUGGACCUUUUUGAGAUUGAGGUGGCUUCAUGGGUUUCGCUUUGGGCUCUGUUCUGAUGAGGAUGGGCCUGGCAGGCCCUGACGAAGCUUCAGUAAAUGCUAUAACUUUAUUCAUAGUGCUUCUUUGUGCUUGUAUUGUAAUCGGGCAUCUUCUUGAGAAGAAUCGAUGGAUGACUGAGUCAAUUACUGCCCUUGCCAUUGGUCUUUGUUGUGGAACUGUAAUUCUACUAACUACCAAGGGAAAAAGCUCACACGUCUUAGUAUUUAGUGAAGAUCUUUUCUUUAUAUACCUUCUACCACCUAUCAUAUUUAAUGCUGGUUUUCAGGUGAAAAAGAAGCACUUUUUUCGAAACUUCAUGACAAUCAUUUUGUUUGGUGCUGUUGGUAGUUUCAUAUCCUUUUUCAUCAUAUCACUAGGUUCAAUGCAGCUAUUCAAAAAAUUGGAUGUUGGUUUCCUGGAGAUUGGAGAUUAUCUUGCACUUGGAGCUAUCUUUUCAGCUACAGAUUCUGUUUGCACAUUGCAGGUGCUUAAUCAGGAAGAGACACCUUUACUGUACAGUCUAGUCUUUGGGGAAGGUGUAGUCAAUGAUGCCACAUCUGUGGUACUUUUCAAUGCAAUCCAGAGAUUUGACCUUUCCAAUAUCACCUCAACCGAUGCCUUGCGAUUAAUUGGCAGUUUCUUAUAUUUAUUCUUCACCAGCACGGUUCUGGGGGUAGCAGUUGGAUUGCUUAGUGCAUACAUAAUAAAGAAGUUGUACUUUGGCAGGCACUCUACUGAUCGUGAAGUUGCUCUUAUGAUGCUAAUGGCUUACCUUUCAUACAUGAUGGCUGAACUGUUCUAUUUAAGUGGCAUUCUUACUGUGUUCUUUUGCGGGAUUGUUAUGUCGCACUACACCUGGCAUAAUGUGACUGAAAGUUCAAGAGUCACAACUAGGCAUGCCUUUGCUACAUUGUCAUUUAUCUCAGAGAUUUUCAUCUUCCUAUAUGUUGGUAUGGAUGCCUUGGACAUCGAGAAGUGGACAGUUGUAAGCAAGAGUCCUGGGACAUCAGUUGGGGUGAGUUCGAUAUUGCUUGGCUUGGUUCUGAUUGGAAGGGCAGCUUUUGUAUUCCCCCUAUCUUUUAUAUCCAACUUAACCAAGAAGUCUCAGAAUGACAAAAUUGCAUUUAAGCAGCAGGUGACCAUAUGGUGGGCUGGACUCAUGCGAGGUGCUGUAUCCGUGGCACUUGCUUAUAAUCAGUUUGCUAGGGCAGGACAUACUCAACAGCUGGCAAAUGCAAUGAUGAUCACCAGCACCAUCACAGUUGUUCUCUUCACUACUGUGGUGGGCGGAAUAUUGACUAAGCCUCUUGUGAGGUUCUUGCAACCAACGCAAAAACACUCGGGAAUCCUGAUGUACUCUGAAUUAACUCCUAAAGAUCUGAAUCUUCCACUUCUGACCAAUGGGGGGCACUCAGAAGCUGACAUGGGGACCAACAUUCCCCGUCCAACUAGUUUACGAAUGCUCUUGAGCACCCCAACUCACACAGUCCAUCACUACUGGAGAAAGUUUGAUAAUGCUUUCAUGCGUCCCGUGUUUGGCGGGAGGGGAUUUGUUCCCCAUGUCCCCGGUUCACCGACCGAAAGCAUCGUCCAGUAAUGAGAUAUAGAGAACCAUAUAUAGUAAAUUAUGUAAUUUGAUAGCCACUUGAGAUUUGAUGUAUGAUUUUCUAUAUAUAAAUUCCCAAAACAAAAGAUGCACUGGGAAAAGAAAAGAAAGAUGUCCAUGCCAUGGUCAUGACUAGUCUCAAUAUAACAAGCCAUGUCCAUUCCUCUGCA